AUGAACUGGACUGAAGCUCAGACCUACUGCAGAAAGACAUACACAGACCUGGCCACCAUUGAAAACUCUGAAGAAGUGAAUCAACUUAAUAAAACAGUUUCAGCUUCUGGAACACAGCAGGAUCCUGAAUUUGUUUAUGUGAAUAAAUCAAUGAAUUGGUCCAGUGCUCAGAGGUACUGCAGGGAGAACUUCACUGACCUGGCCACUGUGAGGAAUGAUGCUGAGAACCAGGAGAUCGGGAACUUGAUAAGUGAAAACUUGGCAUGGAUUGAGUUCAGGAAGUUGGACAUUUCUUCCCUGUGA